GCCAUCGAAACAACGGCAGCUGACACGUAAAAACGGUGCCUAUAAGGCAACCUCCGAGAGCACAGUGGGAGUUGUGAAUUUGAGCGUUACUGUGUGUCGUAUGAGUCUUUAUCUGCGUCAAUUUCAAAAGCUUGUAUCUCGCUUCAAUCAAACUAUGUAUUUCUGAAACAUUACAGGUAAAAUAGAGAUUGAAUUGAAUUGGUUAGUUGAAGAAAUUAGCAGCAUCGACAUGUUUAAUGUUACUCGUUUGUUUGUGUCAUCAAGAAGAAAUUAACGUAGCAAUUUAGUGCUUAUGAGACGAGCAUUUUUAAACUAACAUCUGGUUAUGACGACUAUUAAGUAUUAACUCUUCCGAAUUUCUGAGAGAUAUUCCUGCUUGGGUCGUGGAUAGGAGAUUGGUGUUUGCUCAUGUAAAUGAAAGAUGGCAUGAAUUCCCGAAUAUUAUUGGACUCUGCAAAAACUUGUAUAUUGGCCUCUUCUCCUGUUUUCAGAAGGCAACAAUUCUUGAUAAGGUGUGUGGGAGGCUCCAUUGACCAUCAACCCCAUUCUAGAGAUAUGCAAACCCUAAGGUCUUUGGAGGUUGACUCUGAGAGUGUUAUUCGAGCAAUUACUCCUGCACUUGAUCCUACCAGACAUAAGGGUCAGGCAGGAAAUAUAGCUGUUAUUGGAGGGUGCCGUGAAUACACAGGUGCUCCAUAUUUUGCUGCAAUUUCGGCCUUAAAAAUUGGUGCUGAUCUGUCUCAUGUUUUUUGUACAAAAGAUGCUGCUCCUGUCAUCAAAAGCUACAGUCCUGAGUUGAUUGUGCACCCUGUUUUGGAAGAAUCUUAUAGUGUCGGGGAGGAAUGCAAGAGAUCCAUUUCAAGCAAGGUUGUUGCUGAAGUUGAUAAGUGGAUGGAAAGAUUUGACUGUCUUGUUGUUGGUCCAGGCCUUGGAAGAGACCCAUUUCUUCUGGACUGUGUGAGUGAAAUCAUAAGACAUGCAAGACAGUCAAAUAUCCCGAUAGUUAUUGAUGGGGAUGGACUUUUUCUUGUUACAAAUAAUGUUGACCUUGUUAGUGGCUAUGCCUUAGCUGUUCUAACACCAAAUGUCAAUGAAUAUAAGCGUCUUGUUAAGAAAGUUCUGACUUCUGAAGUAAAUGAUGUAGAUGCUCCUCAACAACUGCUAUCUCUAGCCAGACAGAUUGGUGGUGUUACUAUCCUAAGGAAAGGAAAUUCUGAUCUCAUAAGUGAUGGUGACACAGUCAAAGCAGUGAGCAUCUAUGGUUCUCCUAGACGUUGUGGUGGCCAAGGUGAUAUCCUAUCUGGAAGUGUAGCUGUCUUCUUGUCAUGGGCACGUCAACAUAUCUUGGCUGCUGAUUCAAAUAUAAAUCACAGUUGUAAAAAUCCCACAGUUUUGGGAUGCAUUGCUGGGUCUGCUAUAUUGAGGAAGGCUGCAUCACUUGCUUUCUUGAAUAAGAAAAGAUCCACAGUCACUGGUGACAUCAUUGAAUGCUUGGGCAAAAGUUUGGAAGACAUUUGUCCAGCCAGUUAACUCCAUUGGUGUCUUUGUGGCCUACUGAUACAUAUCAUCGGCAACCAAAUUUACAUAUCCUGCUAGUGUAUUUUCUUUAAGUUUUCCUUCUUUUCUGAGUUUUCUCCUUUCUUGUCUUCAUUUCUCUCCGUCUGGUCUGCAUAGUCUACUUUGAAUAUUUAAAAUAUGUCUGUUUGUUGUGACAUGAUAGACUCUAAUAAGUAAUAGUCUGGGGAAGGGUCGGCCUUGUUUCUGGUACACGAAAAUCACGAACCGAUGGUACGUCAUGACCUAAGUCUAAGACGUGUUGCAACAAUUAUCCUGUUUUCAAGAACUUA